UUGAUGGUUCAAAAUAUGAAACUGACUGGUUGAGUAUUUUAUGAAGUGCAAACGCUAUCCGGCUAAAAAUGUUUGUUUACGUUUGUUGUGCUGAUCAACCAACCGCAUGCGGACGCUUGUUAGAAUCGACUUCUGGCGACUCAAAAUUGGAAAAAUUUCUGAAAUCUUUCUCCAAAACCCGAGAAGUGAGAAAACUGACUAAUUUUAAAUUUCGCAGUUUUGUAUCAACGAAUCUUGGAAGUGCUUUUGUUCUGCUUUUGUUCGGUUAAUGUUAAUGCCACUUCUUCACCUGUUGACUAUUAAGUAGUUCUUUUGCAGGCAGUGCCAGUGGGCAUUUAGGUUACGUGAACCUUGAUUCGCAUAAACUUACAACGAUAUACCGGAUGGGAUGAUGCUAAUUAUGGGUCUUGAUUCUGUUGAUGCGAUGCUGGCCGAGCCUGCAAGGUGGGCCAGGAACGCAGUCGCAUAGGCUGUUCUGUCGCUGACGCAGCGGUGGAUCCCGUUAAUCUUGGUACGGCACGGCUAGGAUGUCGCUGCCAGCCAGCUGUCAUUUAUCCCUUUUCCCGUAUGUAUUGCGCCCGCUCCGUAUCUCAUCCCGCAACCCCUUGGCCACUGCGGCCAGGCGUCCUCAUCUGGCAGUAAGAAGGACCAUCCAUGCCUGGGCGCAGAGCAGCCGCUUCCUCGCCAGGCUGUCCCCACGCCCCUCAUGGUGGUCAUGCAGUCGUGCAGGCUUCCUACAGCCUCCGCUCAGUCGACACGCUGCGAUUCCCCCCGCCAGUGCGGCGGCAACGGUGGCAGCGGAGGAGCAGCUAGACACCGGGUCGACAUCUGACGAUCCCGACAAGAUCCCCGAUCUCCGCCGAUUUCCCCCGGAGCGGAUCCGCAACUUCUCCAUCGUGGCUCACGUCGACCACGGCAAAUCCACGCUGGCCGACCGCCUCCUGGAGAUGGCCGGAAAUAUUCGAGCGGGAACACACGAUCACCAAGUGAUGGACCGCUUGGAAGUGGAGCGCGAGCGCGGAAUCACCGUUAAGGCGCAGACGGCCACCCUCUUCUACACCUUCCAGGGCCAAGAAUACCUCCUCAAUUUAAUCGAUACACCUGGGCAUGUGGACUUCAGCUACGAAGUCCAGCGCUCCCUGACGGCGUCGCAAGGCGUCGUGCUGUUGGUGGACGCCAACCAGGGCGUGCAGGCGCAGACACUGGCCAACUUCUACGCCGCCUUCGAGGGCGAUCUGAAAAUCAUCCCCGUACUGAAUAAGAUCGACCUCAAGACUGCCGACCCCGACGCCGUCACGGAACAGAUGAACAAGGCCAUGGAUAUUGAUCCGCAAGAAGUCCUGCGCGUCUCCGCCAAAACCGGUUUCGGCGUCGCUGAGCUCUUUCAGGCCAUUAUACAGCGGGUGCCGCCGCCGAAGGGCAGCGCGACGGGUGCCUUCCGGGCGGUGUUGUUUGACUCUUGGUACGAUAAGUACCGGGGGGUUGUGGCGCUCAUUGCAGUGCAGGACGGGGAGUUGAAAAGAGGCGACCAGAUCACGUUUCUCAGCUCGGACAAAACCUAUGAAGUGAGAGAUGUGGGAAUCAUGCGGCCGGACCGCGUCAGUACAUCGUUCCUGUUGGCGGGUCAAGUAGGAUAUAUUACCUGCAACAUGAAGACAACCAAAGAAGCGCAGAUCGGUGAUACGCUGUUCGGGAAGGAGCGCCCGGCGCAAGAAGGCAGCCGAAUUCCUAGAGCAAAGCCAAUGGUUUAUGCUGGAAUCUUCCCGGAAGACCAAAGCGACAACGAGGCGUUACGCGAUGCUCUAGACCGGUUAAUCCUGAAUGAUUCCAGUGUGUCAGUAUCCUUAGAGCAGAAUGCAGCGUUAGGGCAAGGAUGGCGGUUAGGCUUCCUGGGCUUAUUGCACAUGGAGGUGUUUCUGCAGCGGCUGGAGUAUGAGCACGGCAAGUGCUGCAUCGCCACCAUCCCUAGUGUGCCGUAUAAGGCCCGUUUAAAGUCCAACCUCAACGAAAAGACCGCUAAGGAAUACGGCACGGACGUGUUGACCAUUGUUAGCCCCGAACAGUUGCCGGCACAGGGCGUUGUGGAGGAAUUUCAAGAACCAUGGGUCAUAUCCACCAUCAUCACGCCGGCCAAGUACAUUGGUGACAUUUUGGCAAUGUGUCUGGAGCGGCGUGGUCAGCAAAAGAACGUGACAUUUCUGGACCAAACCCGUGCCAUGAUGCAGUUUUAUUUGCCUUUGAGCGAAGUGAUUGUCGACUUUUUCGACGAGCUUAAAUCAAAGACGUCGGGCUACGCCAGUUUCGACUACGAGGAUGCCGACUACAGACCGGUGAAUCUGAUUAAGGUGGAUUUCCUGCUGAACGGGAAAGAAGUCAACGAGCUGAGCAUGCUGGUCCCGGGUGAACGGGCCCGCUAUCUCGCCCGUCGCGUCUGCGAGCGGCUGAAGGAUGCCGUCCCCCAGCAGCAGUUUCCCGUGUCGAUCCAAGCGGCUAUUGGCUCAAAGAUCGUCGCUCGCGAAGACCUGAAGGCCCUGCGCAAGGACGUGGUGGGCCUGAAGAUUUACAGUCACGGCGGCCGCGACAAAGGUCGCAAGCAGAAGCUGCUGCAGCGUCAAAAGGAAGGAAAGGAGCGCAUGCGCAUGAUCGGUAACAUCCAGAUCCCACGAGACUGCUUCAUCAAAGUCCUACGCAAAUCCUAAACCGCUGCAGCGGUCUUUGCCGCUGGCAGACACUGUUCUGUGACAAAUAUUGCCCUUUCAGUGGAUUGUGUCUUCUUAAUGCCAUUAAAUUGAAUGGAAAACAUCGUUGUACGCGCACAUAAUCAGAGGCGCAGUACGCGGUACAUUAUCUUUACGUAUAGAACACAAAGAAAUGCUUUAACAAUUUACAAUGGUUAUCUUGAGCAAAGCCGGAACAGUCAGGGACUACCGCGGCUGUUUAUCGUGAGUACUGCGCAUUGACGGAUUUGACUUUGUACGGCUGAGUGCACGUGAGCACCUGGUACAGUGCGAAACGGAACCGUCGG